GCGCAGCAUCAGCAGCACCGCGGUCAGAGCGCAGCAGCUUCUCCAACAGCAUCACUACCACCACACACACAAUCAGACAGACACAGACACAGUCGACCUAAAUUAUUUUAGUAGCGCAAUUAUCCCGAAAACUCCCCCGAGGUAUUCGGCAGUCGGGGAAAAAAAAAAAAGGAAAUUAACGAAGAAGGAGGGCGCAGUAAAAUUGCGCGACUCUGAUGUGACAGAUGUUGGAAAAGUCUGCUUUGGAUGUAGACUGAAGAGGAGGAAAGAGGAAGAAGGGGGAACUGUCCCGAAAAGACAUGAAGAUGAUUUUCUGUUGGGAGACGGACGAUGGUCGUUGAUGAAGUGGAAGCUUUGAUGUUUCUUUCUCUGAAAGCUUCAACUGGCCACUCUAAAGGGUAUGUUAUUGACUGAACCACAUCUCUACAGAGGACUUAACUCAAGUCUGAUUUCCACUUGACUGCCACUGGUUAUGAAAAUCUGCACUCUGAGACUGAAACGGCUGGGGGUAAGAUGUUUGUGGAGUCUGUCGUGCGAUGGGGGGCAUGGAGCGUCCUGCUCCAAUUUGGAUUGGGUGUAUCCGCAGGAGGCUGUCCUCCACCCUGUGUGUGUCGACCUGAAGCUAAAGAAGUGAUCUGCUCUGGCAAACAUUUGAACUCAGUGCUAGAGGGCUUUUCCAGCGAUGCGAGGCAUUUGGAUUUAUCCUACAAUAAGAUUAAGACCGUGGGACGCCGCCAGUUCUCUGGCCUCCAGCAACUUCAAGAGUUGGACCUUAGUGAUAAUAUAAUCUCCAUGAUUGAGGUGGAGGCUUUCCAGGGGCUACAGAAUCUCAGGACGCUUCGGAUUAAGAAUAAUCGACUCAAGAUCAUCCCGGUUGGGGUGUUUUCUGGCCUGUCCAGUCUGCGUUUUCUGGAUCUGAGCCAGAAUGAGAUUCUGGUCUUCCUGGACUACACCUUUAAAGAAAUGGCGAACCUGCAAACGCUGGAAGCCGGUGAGAAUGACUUAGUGUUCAUCUCCCAGCGGGCUUUCUUUGGUCUGCAGAAUUUACAAGAGCUCAACUUAGACCGCAGCAAUUUGACGUCCAUUCCCACAGAGGCGUUGUCUCAGCUCCAGAGCUUAACACGGCUGCGCAUGCUACGGCUCACCAUUUCUACACUCCCCAACAACGCUUUCCGCCGGCUUCACCGUUUGCGCAGCCUCGUGAUUGCAAACUGGCCAUCAUUAGACACUAUGGCUAGUAACAGCCUGAUUGGUCUCAAUUUGACCUCGCUUGUCAUCAGCAGCUGCAACCUAAGUGUGGUCCCUUACUCAGCACUUCGUCACCUGGUCUAUCUGCGCUUCCUGGACCUGUCCUACAACCCCAUCACUGUUAUCCAAGGCAAUCUGCUUGGGGACCUUUUGAGACUCCAGGAGUUACACCUAGCAGGGGGGAGCCUGCUGCGAAUAGAGCCGGGGGCCUUCAGGGGUCUGGCCUACUUUCGCAUGCUCAAUGUGACAUCCAAUCAGCUCACUACUUUGGAGGAGAGCGCCUUCCACUCAGUGGGGAACCUUCAGGUGUUGAGGUUGGAUGGGAAUCCCCUGGCAUGUGACUGCCGCCUUAUCUGGGUGGUCCGCCGCCGAUUACGCUUGAACUUUGAUGGACAUCAGCCCACUUGUUUGUCUCCUGAUGCUGUAAGACAGCGUGAAUUCAGAGACUUUUCAGAGAAGGAGCUCCCGAGGCUGUUUACCUGCCGCCCUGCGCGUAUCAUGGACCGCAGGCCGCAGGAGGUGAGAGUAGAGGAGGGUACUACAGUUCUCUUCUCCUGUAAAGCUGAUGGGGAUCCAUUGCCAUCUAUCACCUGGAUCUCAUCCCACAAGAAUGUGGUUUCUCCAACAGGACGAAUCAGAGUUUUGCCCAAUGGUACUCUAGAAGUGCGUUUUGCCCAGGUUCAGGACAGUGGCACAUACCAGUGCCUGGCAGGCAACGCAGCCGGCAAUGACAGCUUGACUGUCGGUCUGUACGUCAAGGGGCUCCCUCGUAAUCGAACCAUCCCCUUCUUCACAGAGGAGGGCUGGGUUGAGCCUUCAAACCCCCAAGCUGUUAACUCCUCUGCUCAAAUGGCCAAGCCAUACCCUUUUGAUGCAAAGACACUGAUCAUUGCUACCACUAUGGGCUUUCUGUCUUUCCUCAGUUCAGUGGCAAUCUGCUUUGUCUUCAUGUUCUUCUGGAGUCAGAGCAAAGGCCAGAUCAAACACACGGCGACUAUCGACUUUGUUCCUCGGUCGUCCAUGGGUGGAGGAGGAGGGGAAGGAGGUGAUGGUGGCAGAUUCACCAUGAAACUUAUUUAAAGCCAAGGAAGAGCUGAAAGGGGUCUUUAUACUGACUGUGAGUUCUGCUGCACUACGGACUCCCCAUUGGGACACUGAAGGACAGAGAUUCUAUUCAAAGGCCCCUCUAGAGGGUAGAUCAGAACCAGUUUGUUGGCUUGUGCUUGUCCUCUUCUAAUUUUAGUGCCGAAAGUUACAUCUCAGCACCCACUUGGCUGUAUUAUUUAACUAAUGAAUAUCUCAUGAUCGUGGAAUAGAAAGAUGUUAACAGAUUGUAGGCAGAGCUGUCUCAUCAUUACCGUGCAUUUGAUUUAAACAACUUGUACUUUGAAUAAACCUACCUAGCAGAGGUCAAUUUUCUAUGUAGCAUGUAAUUGUAAAAUAGUUUGAAUUUUCACAGAUUUUGGGAUUAACACAUAAAGACAGUUUGAGUAUGACACAUUUAUCAAAUGUUUCUUGGUUGUCAAAACAUAUCAGGUGCUUGUAUGCAACCCAUAUUGUACAAGCGUGCUCAGCUUUAUGUCUUCACUUGCCAAUACAAGCCAAGUAAACAUUUGCCCUUUUGACCCUCGGGUGGCUAUUUCUGCUUACCCACAGGUUCACCUCAAAGACUGUCAAUUCAGCAUUGGUUGUAAGACUUUAACAUGUGAAUAUGUUAUGUGCAUAAAGCUUUUGAUACUUGCAAUAAAUAUAUGGAAUAGACUAGCCAAAUAAUUUCUGAUUCUGAGUUGAUACUAACUUUAUGUUUGCAUUUUGGAUAUUCAUAGAGUGUUGCAGUAUGUUUCAGGUAUGCAGCAUUGGAGAAAGAUCUUUCUGUUGGGUUACUACUUAUUUUAAAUGAUCACAUGACAGUGUAAGGGGACUGAUAGCAUACCAUAAUGUAUAUAGGAAUGUACUGUAUCCUUUACUAUUUCAUAUUUUAAACAAGUUUGUCAGGUCCAAAUUGGAUCACUCUCUUUCUUUUAUAACAUAUUACUGUAAUAACAUUAGAUGACUCCUUGUUCCAUUAGAAGAUGUUAUGAUUUCUCCUUUUUAUAUUCAAGAAACCACUUUUUUUAUUUUUUACCCGCACAACACACUGAAAAAUAUGUGCCUCAGCAACAUUCUCACCAUCGACAGAGAGAAUGCUCACGUGACCAUCUUGUAAAUAUUUAGGUCAAGGACAUUUGUGUGCGCUGGGUUUGUUCUAUCAUUUUAUCUAGUUCUGGGGAUUAGUGUCUCUCAAAUAAGCCACUCUUGUUGUGUUUAAACUUAACUGUAGAUGCACUACGCACAAACAAAUGCUUCAUUAUGGCUGGAAAAAGUUGCUCAUAAGAUAUGUAUUUUCAUUUUUUUUCAUUUUAUGUUA